AAGAAAAACAUUUGAAACGACGGCGUUUCUUAAUAAUAUAAAUAUCCUUCUCGCUAUUCGGACCCGGGAAUAAUCAGGCUUCUUCUCCUAAUCCCUAAUUUCUCCCGCGAUCAAUCAAUCUUCCGGCGAAGAAUUCAUAUGCACUUAAGCUCUCAUUGAACGAACCUUUAGGAGAAGGCGGGGGAAAGCUUGGGGGCUUCUGCGUUUCUGCUGGCGUCCAGUACAUCUUGCUUCUCUUGUUUGGGUAAUUGAAUGGUUUACUGUUUUGCUUCCUUUUUAUCUAUUCUGACGAUCUGCAUUGAAAAAACUAAAUUUUGGACUGAAUUGAGGGGAUGUUCUGAAGAAACUGGAUUGUAGGAGUAAAUUGUGGAGCAUAUGAGCAUAUCAUUAGUGUAAAGAAGGGCAAAUUACUGAACAUAUUGAUCGACACUCAAAUUUUAUAAAUGCAUACCUAACUAUACUGUAAUCAUGUGAUCUGGAAACCCCUUCAUAAGCACCAGUUCUAACAUAUCACCGUUUUCUGGCAAGCUAAUAGAGCACCUUUCUAGCCCAUGAAAGAAGAAGCCCAAGGUUCUGCUUAUCUUUGAAGGGAUGGUCUAGUUCUGGCCAGUUUAAAUGCUUGUCGGGAUUCAUUUGCAUAAGCAUUUUCUUAUAUUUUGUUCUCAAGAUGUCAUCAUGUUCAGCUGUGCCAUCUAUUGAAUUUAAGGAUUCCAACCAACAAAAUCUUAACCAUGCUGUUGGAAACUCUUCCAACAAUGGCAAGGGCACUGAAGAAAAUGAGGACGAAGGAGAAAAUGAGCACAAGGAUGAUGUUCAAAAUGCAAAUUAUAAUGGGACUGAGUACGAGGAGGAUGAUGAAGAAGAGGAUGUAGAUUUUAAUCCCUUUCAAAGAGAAGUUAUUUGUCCAGAAGCUUCUUCUAGCCUGAGCUCGGAAGUUGAAGGUUUGGAUGCUGAUGUUGCUGACAGUGGUGACAAUGUUUCUGAAGUUUUGAAAGGUUAUGAUGGAGUGAAUUCACUAGGUCUACCACAGGACUGCCUGGCUGGUGAUACUGAACAUGGUGAAGAGAUUGUGAUGCAAACUGAAGCCUCUUCUGGAAAGCUUAUGGAAAAAGAAACUGUUUCAGUAACUCAAACUGAAGAUGAAACAGUAAACAUUAAGAAGAAUGUAUCAAACAGAGGGACAGAUUGUAUUCAGGAGCUUGCACCCAAAGAGUCUACCACUGGUGCAAAUUCAAAGAUGGCUAUUAUGGAUAAGGAUGAUGAGGAUGCUAUAUGCAGGCGAACCAGAGCACGGUAUUCACUUGCUGGCUUUACACUUGAUGAACUGGAGACUUUCCUUCAGGAAACAGAUGAUGAGGAUGAUAUUCAGAAUGCUGAUGAUGAAGAAGAAUACAGAAAAUUUCUAGCAGCUGUGUUACAGGGUGUAGAUGGAAGCUCAACAAAUGCACAAGAGAAUGAAAACAUUGAUGAUGAAGAUGAGGAUAAUGAUGCUGAUUUUGAGCUUGAAAUUGAAGAGGCAUUAGAGAGUGACCUUGAUGAAAACAUGAAGGAUGAUAUUGUAGAGGAGUAUGAGGCUGUUGAUCAACGACCUAAGACUAGGCUAAGUAGGCGCCAAAAGACAUCUGUUGAACAUAAGAAAAAGGUUUCAGGAGAAUCAAGUAGGCCAUUACGCCCUCUGUUGCCAUAUUCACCAGUUGCUUCAUACUCUGCACUUGCAGGGAAAGGCUUGGUUCCUAGGCCUGCAACACUUUGUCUGCGUCCUGUCAAUGAUGGAUUUAUAAAUGGAUUUACUCCAUAUCAGAUAGGACAACUGCACUGCCUGAUACAUGAGCAUGUUCAACUUCUUAUUCAGAUAUUUUCUAUUUGUGUUCUUGAACCUGUCAGACGAGACAUUGCUUCUGACAUUCAGAAAUUGAUCUCCGAAAUGCUGUGCAAGCGUGACGAAGUAUUAGCACAGGGAAGGGUACCAUACCCCCAAUUUUGCUUCUUCCCUCAACAUAUUCAUCCAUCAGUGACUGGUGAAGCUCCAGAUGUUUUGCCGGGACAAAGUACCCAUGGAUUUUCUUCUGCCUCUGAUAUGCAGAAAGACUGCUCUUCUGUGCAGCCUUCUAAUCGAACUUCUCCUUCAACAGGACAGGUAGGAUAUGCCUCAAAUGAGCAGGAGGGAUGCUUGCGAACUCCUGAAGGCUCCUCCUGGAUGCCUUGCAUAGGCAAUCCAACACUUUCUGUUCUUGAUGUGGCUCCACUCAAAUUGGUUAGAAAAUUCAUGGAUGAUGUUUUAUCAGUUGCACAAGAAUACCAAAGGCAGCCACUAGGAGCUACCAAUGAUGUUCGCGCUGAAAAAGUUCCCCUUUUUCCUGCUUGUAACAUUCAGCUAUCUGCUGAAACAGACUGUCAUGCUUCAUCGUCUUCAUCUGUGGACCUUACUUCCUCAUCUAAUGUUCAAAUAGUGAAAAAGACAUUGGCUGCUUCACUAGUUGAAAGGGCCAAAAAAGAAUCAAUUGCACUUGUUCCAAAGGAGAUUGCUAAACUGGCUCAGCAGUUCUAUCCGUUAUUUAAUCCGGCCCUGUAUCCUCAUAAGGCACCUCCAGCAGCUGUGGUGAACCGGGUGCUCUUCACUGAUGCAGAGGAUAAAUUAUUGGCUUUGGGACUCAUGGAAUACAAUACGGACUGGAAAGCUAUUCAACAGCGGUUUCUUCCUUGCAAAUCUAAGCAUCAGAUUUUUGUCAGGCAGAAGAAUCGCUCAUCAGCUAAAGCACCUGAGAAUCCAAUAAAGGCUGUUCGAAGGAUGAAGAACUCCUCGUUGACCGCAGAAGAGAUUGCACGUAUUGAGGAAGGUUUGAGAGUGUUUAAGCUUGACUGGAUGUCAGUGUGGAAGUUUAUUGUUCCAUAUAGAGAUCCUUCUCUGUUACCUCGGCAAUGGCGUAUUGCUAUUGGAACUCAGAAGUCAUACAGAUCAGAUGCAAAUAAAAAGGAAAGGCGGCGCUUAUAUGAAUCACAAAGAAGAAAGUCCAAGGCUGCAGCUUUGGCAAGUUUGCACUCUUCAUCAGAAAAAAUGGAUAAUGGUGUUGGUAAAAAUGUUGAAGACAAGAAUAGUGCGGACGAUUGUACGGAUAAAGAUGAUGAAGCUUAUGUUCAUGAGGCAUUUUUGGCAGAUUCAAGGGCUGGUGUCUCAGUCAUCUCGGCAACAAAUCCUAUUCCAAAUCUAGCAGAUGAAAGUCUUCCUUAUCCACCAGAAAUGGGUGGUUCUCAAGUUGGAGAGAGAAUAAAUGAAAUUGGCUGUAGAGACCCUCUACCCCAAAUCAACCAGUUUCCUAUUUCUUUAAAGUCAUCCAAUACUGAGGUGUUUAUGCGGCCAUAUCGAGCCAGAAAAAGUAGCACUGCACGCGUAGUGAAAUUAGCCCCACAGCUGCCUCCUGUUAAUCUUCCACCAACUGCUCGUGUGAUGUCACAGUCAGCAUUUAAAAGCUACCAAGGUGUAGUCUGUACAAAGGUUUCUGGUGCUAAAGCUUGCCAGGAUGUAAAUGCCACAACAGAUAAUGAUCUGCAAGUUGCAAGUGCUGCAAAGACAGGACUCAAUUGUUCAAGAAGAGAUGUGGAAGUCGGGAGUAUCACUGCUGAAAGCAAUACUAGCACACGGCAUCAUGAUGAUGAGUCUGAAGUCCUCAGGGAUAGACAAGUGGUGGAAGAAAAAGAUGGCCCAGAUCUUCAUAUGCAUCCACUACUUUUUCGGGCUCCAGAAGAUGGUCAAUUGCUAUAUUAUCCAUUGAAUUCUGGUCCUAAUGCUUAUAGUUCAUUCAACUUUUUUCCAGGCAGUCCACCCCAGCUAAAUCUGAGUCUCUAUCGCCAAACAAACCGUGGUUUUAACUUCUUUAACAAGGCUUUGAAACCUAAGGGAAAAGCUUCUACAUCAUGUGGUCUUGGCUUUCAUCCACUUCUACAAAGAGCUGCUGAUGCAAAUUGUGUCUCAGAAACUGCAAAUUCUGUUGCCCAACCCUCUACUUAUUCAGAACUACCAAGGGAAAGACUUGCCCAACCUCCAAGCUCAUUAGGUGCCUCUCGAACUGAGUCAUGUAUGAAUAAUAGUUUAGUUGCUGCACAUCUUAAACCCACUAGUCCUAUUGGAAAUUAUAGUGAACCCGAUCUUGAAAUGCACUUGAGUCUUACAUCCAGAAAGCAGAAAGCUCUAGAAAGAUGUGUGACUGAUCAUGAUGUUGGAAGAUCAUCGAGAAGUAUUUCGGAUACUGAAGUGAGGUCUCCAAAUACAAGUACUUUAAACAGAAUGAGCAGUAAUCUUGGUUCAAGUGCUCAAGCAUUGGCCAUAUCCAACGAAAAGGAUAUUGUAAACAACGUUGAUGACAUAUCAGGCCAGUCUCUUCCAGAAAUUGUGAUGGAGCAAGAAGAGUUGAGUGACUCUGAGGAAGAAGAAGAAGAAGAAGAAGAAAAUGUGGAGUUUGAAUGCGAGGAGAUGGCAGAUUCAGAGGGAGAGAUAUCUCAUUCUGAGCAGAUCACUGGUGGACGAAUUGAGGAGGCGGACAGAGUUGCUAGUGAUGAAGACUCUGACGAUCAUGUACCAGUUAGGCGUAGAAUUUCAAAAGAGAAUUCUUGUAACCCCUCCCAAGGCAAUAUGACACGGUUGGUAUUGAGAGAUAGAGAGAGAUAUAGCCAGCCCAAUUCCUUGUGCUUGAAUUUGAAUUCAUUUCCACCUGCCUCACCUCCAUCAAAGCUCAAGGAUACUACUAGUGGUUCUGUUGGCAAAAUGCAAAAGCCUGCUGGUUCUAAAAGGCCUGGAGUGAAUGUUAUUCUUGAUGAGAAUAGUGCGAAAAUGGAGAAGCCUGCUGCAAACAUUAUUCUAGAAGAGUUGAAUUUGGGUUCUUUGGCUUCCUCACUCAGGAAACCAAGAAAACGUGCACGUAGAACAGAUUCUAUUCCCAAUACUGGAGGAUCUAAAAAAGGAAUGCCAAGUUUGAAUUCGGAUAUCAGCAUAGAAAGCUCAAAGAAAACCAAUGAAGGUGAAAUCGAUUGAUUGAUUGAUUCUCUCUGUGACAAGCUCGGAGUAUUGGGUGGGGUUAAGGAAUAAUGAAUACAAGCCAAGCUGAGAUGGUGAAGAUGAUGGUGGGGCAGGGAUGAGCCAAGAAAAUUGGUUGGUGAUGUGGCAGGAAUUCUGAGGGAGCAUGCCAAGAAAAGCCCAAACCUUGUGUUGAUUUCAGGAUGCAGAAGUAAUGUGGAAGGAAGCAAGAAAAGAAGGUAAACUAAUUAUGCGUGCUGAUGCUAUUAUAUUUCAACCUUCACAGUGAGUGUUAGUUUGUAAAGUUUGCAGGCCCUGAGCUGGCCUGGCAUGGCCAAACGUGACACAUUCAACUCAGUUGUUGAAUAGAUAAAUGCGGCCCCGCAGUGAAAUCUCGUCUGUACAAAAGCAUGGGAAAAACGAGUUUUGAUUUUUGAUUAGGAGGAAAAGGAAAAUGAUGAGAAUUUCCUGGAGAAGAGGGAAUACACAUCGUAUGUAUCUCCAUUGUGUAGAAACAACAACAAAGAUCCUGCAAGGUUUUAUGCGUAAGCAAAAGUUCUGUUCUUGGCUUCUUGCUAAGGGAUCUGAAAACUUUUUUUUAAAAAAAACAUUUUAUCAUCAAUAGGUACGCCGGUCACAGCCACCAUCCGGCCAGGCAUAUUUGCUAUUUUUGGGAAUUGGGAUU